CAUUCGUUCACUAGUCGUGAGUGAUAACCGCGCAGGGACGGACGUGCGUGCCGCGCUUUAUCACAUUCCCGCGAAAUAUCGAACGAAAAAUAAUUAGUGAUUAAAAAAACAAGUUACGAAUUGUGCAUGUGUUAUAUAAAUAUUGUGGAUUUGAAUAUAGUGCUUAUCAAUAUUAUACAUAAGUGUGUGUAAAACGAGUUUUUUUUAUUUUUUUUCUGUGCACCCGAUUACUUGGAUUUUUUUAUUGGUGUUUUUGUGAUGGCGUAGCGUAAUGGAGGGCGAGUGCUCUGAGGGCGCGGAGGGCUGGCUCCUAGUGAGGGUGCACGUGCCUGAGCUGAACGUGCAGAAGAGCCUCCAAUUUCCCAGGGACCAGCUCAUUUGGGACGUCAAGCAGCAGUGUCUCGCCGCCUUGCCUAAGGUGGCCACUUGGUACCGGGAGUUAAAAGAGAGCUUCAACUAUGGUCUGUUCUGCCCACCGGUCAACGGCAAAGCCGGCAAGUUUCUCGACGAGGAACGACGCCUCGGUGACUACCCCUUCAACGGACCUGUUGGAUAUCUUGAGUUAAAGUACAAACGGCGGGUAUACAAAAUGCUGAAGCUUGACGAGAAGACACUGAAGGCCCUGCACUCGCGCGCAAACCUUCGGCGGUUCCUCGAACAUGUGACUCACGCGCAGAUUGACAAAAUCACCAAGGCAUGUGCUAAAGGACUGGACCCCAACUUCCAUUGUCAAGAGACUGGUGAAACACCUCUAACAAUCGCAGCCGGCCUAAAGACACCAGGAAAAGUAUUAAUAGCCCUUGUAAACGGUGGAGCCUUACUAGACUACAGAACCAAAGAUGGCAGCACAGCUAUGCACAGGGCUAUUGAAAAGAACUCUCUAGAAGCCGUCAAAACUUUACUGGAACUUGGAGCCUCACCUAAUUAUAAAGAUGGGAAGGGACUGACGCCGCUAUACCUUUCUGUGACGAAUAAAACUGAUCCGUUAUUGUGUGAGACCUUGCUACAUGAUCAUGCCACGAUUGGGGCUACUGAUCUGCAAGGAUGGCAGGAGGUGCAUCAGGCCUGUCGCAACGGUCUAGUCCAGCACCUGGACCACCUAUUGUUCUACGGCGCAGAUAUGAACAGCCGCAAUGCGUCUGGCAACACACCGCUCCACGUCUGCGCAGUUAACGCUCAAGACUCUUGCGCACGCCAGUUGUUAUUCCGGGGCUGUGAUAAAGAAGCGCUUAACUUCGCUAACCAAACCCCUUAUCAGGUGGCCGUAAUAGCAGGCAACUUAGACUUGGCUGAGGUUAUAAAGAACUACAAAGCUGAGGAAGUCGUGCCGUUCCGUGGACCUCCUCGGUACAAUCCGAAGAGACGAUCUGCGGCUUGGGGGGGUUGGUGGACGGCAGGGGACAGAUCGUCCCUCGCUUCCUCGACACGGAUACCCGCGGAACUAGACACCCUGCUCCGUCGGCAGCCUGGCCCCACAGCGUCUCCCUGCAGUCUAGAGAGACCAUUCUCGUCGGCCUCGUCCAGCAUUAGUGACGCCAGCCAUCCCAGCCACGAGGACGAUGCCAGUAUACUCACAGAUAAAAGUGCGGGCGACACGAGCGACAUCAUAUCGGACUCUAGCGGCGUGGGGACCAGCAACUCUGACACCACGUGCUCCCUGCAUGGGGGCGCCACCGUCGUGUGCCUGCAACCUUACGACGCAGGCACGCCUGGUCACGUGCGCCUCAACCAGGGCGAUAUUGUUGAAGUGACGGGAGCGACAGAUGACGGUCUACUGGAAGGCACGGUGCGAGGCUCUGGGGCCAGUGGAUUGUUCCCCAUGCAAUGCGUACAAGAAGUACGUUUGCGGCAGAACACACAUAAUCUACAUCAGGUGCUAGCGUCAGGACCAAUCCACCAUUCCCGAGUGACAGGCAGACGGGAGAUGGCUCUCAGCAAGACUUACAGUGCUACCGCGCCGAGGAUUAAAAAAUCGUACGGCAACAUGGAAACCCGCACGGUGGUGCUUCACCGAGCUCGACGUGGGUUUGGGUUCGUGCUGCGUGGUGCCAAGGCAUCCUCCCCACUCAUGGAGCUGCGGCCCUCAGAGCGCUGCCCAGCACUGCAGUAUCUUGAUGAUGUCGACGCAGGCGGCGUGGCUGACCGCGCAGGACUUAAGAAGGGAGAUUUUCUUGUGGCGAUAAACGGCGAGGACGUGUCGUGUGCAUCGCAUGAACACGUGGUGGAGCUGAUCCGCAGCUCCGGUGCUCUCGUCUCCAUGACUGUUGUCUCGUUGAACAAUCACAAUGGUAACAACGAGAACAACACGUGUACGGUACCCACAAGCAAGUCUCAGAACCAAUUGUCUAGUUCUGGUCGCCCUUACGCCGCUACUCUACCCAGGAAGGGUGCCGGAGGUCGAGCACCUGCGCCUGCGCCGCCGCGUCGCGAUCCGCGCACCACCCUGAGCGUGGGCCGCGCCAGAGCGAAGUCUAUGGUCGCUGGACUUGAGAAUGGUGGUGAAAAAGAAGAGAGCUGUGAGCCUCUGAGUGUAGCUGGCAAAUCGUCGUCAGCUGAAUCGGUGCAACUGCCGGGUGGUAGUAACAGUGGCACACCAGUAUCUGGCACUCCGGUGGCUCCACGCACGGCGUCCAUCCGCGCGAGACCUGCAUCAUCACGCAUCACCGCUGCAGAACUCGAGGAGCUGUUCCAGAGACAGGCUGACGCAGAUACCAUCCUUGGAAACAAUGCAAUGAUGACUCGGUCGGCUUUCCAAGGCGGAUCGAACUCUCCUCCCUACUCACCUGCGCGUGCGCCUACAAGAGUUUACGCAUCCGUCGCCGAGAUGAAGAGAUCACGUGGAAAGCUGUGGAGCAAAUCAGGAAGCAGUACAUUACGCCGCGACUUCCACUCCACGCCGGACCUGGCGGCCGAGCACACCGCACACCCGCCCAGAACUCGAUCCAGCGAAGAUGUACACGCUCCAGGGCGAGUGCCGCCCCCCGCGUGUCCGCCGCCGCCGCCCCCCAUCGCCGGCGCCGCGCCCGCCUCCACGUUCCGGCCGGCCGACCAGGCCAAGCUGUACGCCUCGCCGCGGGACCUCGACACCGUCGCCUACCGACCCACAGCCACCGAUAACACGCACAAUGGUCGUAAGGCGACAUCGUUACGUUCUUGGGCGGGUCCUAACCGGCCUCAAUCGGCAGAUGAAACCGGCAAUCAGUACGCACAGCCCUUCAACACACAUAAGGGCUUUGUCAGACAGAACUCUACACCAGCGCCGCCAAUCCCCGAGCCGGAUUAUAGUAUGUCGGAAUCUGACGACGAAGUCGAUUCCAAGCCCAAAGGCGAACCAGCCGCAGUCGCCGAAACCAGCGCCAAUAGCAAUGCAAGUGGCAGUAGCUCGGGUUCAAGUUCGAUGCAACAUUCGUUCUCCGUAGACGAGAUCCAGAAGAUCCGGACUCGGUUGAAGUCGUCCAAGUCGUGCGGCGACGAGCUGGGCGUGGAGCGCGACGACGGCGACAACUCGUCGUCCGGCGUGUCGUCCGACCAGGAGGCGCAGGCGCGGCCGCCGCCCCGCCGCGACAAGGUGUCCUUCUGCGCCUCCGUCACCGUCAAGUCGUCCAACGACGUCAUCAGCACCGAGCCCGUGCACUCGUCCAGCGAGAGCCUGGCGCCGCCGCCGCCGCCCAUGGCGCGCCACAACUCGCUCACUCGCAAGCGGGCCACCGCCGCCGUGCUGCGCGGCGCGGGCGGCGCGGCGCGCGGCCGCUCGGCGGCGGAGCGGCUGGGCGUGGACAUCGACAAGGCGCCCGGGCGCCGCGCGCGCGCCGCCGUGCUGCUGGCCGCGCUGCCGCCGCCGCCCGAGGAGGCCGUGGCGGCGCCGGAGCACGCGCCAGUACUGGCGCCGCCGCCGCAGUUCAGCGACCGCGUGCGCGUGGUGGCGGCGCUGCCGAAGCGCCUGGCGCACCUGCAGUAGUGGGCGCGCCACUCCCCUCUCCCUAUCGUCGUAGGCUUACCGUACCGCGCCCUCAGCGAGAAACGUUUUGUAAUCGAGCGACUAAAUGAAACCAAAGAUUUAUAGUAUUUAUUGUUGAGGAGUUAACAUUGAUAUAGUUGAAACUAAUUUUUAUACAUUCCCUUAUUAAGCUAGUAUAACAUGCGUUUCACGUAUCAUUAUUAUUGGUAUUACUUUACUGUUAUAUACCCGACGUAGCGGUUUUGUUCUGUUCGUUGUAGCAAAUUUAUUUAAUUCUAAUACUUAUAUCGUAAUUUCAACCCUUUUACAACGCAACCAAGUGCCAUCGUAUCUAUGAUUUUAAUAUAUUUUUAUAUUAUAUAUCUGUAAAUAUUUUACGAGAGCUAUUUUCAAGUUAAAAGAGUGGACCAGACGCGUAAAUACAAAAUCAUCCGGCCAGCAUAUAUUAUAUUGAAAUCAGAUUAUUUAUUAAACACUGGUAUUUAUGAACGUUGAUACAUAAACAUUUAUAUGGAACAUAAUGUUGUACUGUGCUAUGAUCGAUUGUUAUUAUUUUUGUUGUUUUCAUUAUUCGUCCAUCGGUACGUCGACAUGAUCCACUCUUUUGACGAAAUAUUAUUGAAUUAUUACGUUUAAAAUGGCCAAUAUGGCGAUUAUUUGAAUUGAAUGUGUUCUCAUAGAAGACUAGCGCUUGAACCAAACUCACUAGCGUUUCAUCCGUUCCAUGAUAUUGUAAAGAUUUUAUACUAAUCGAAAUACAUCCGUGCGUCAUUUAGAUAUACACCCGUAUUCACAAACGAUACUAUGCGGUCUCUUAGUGCGCGCGAGCGCACAGGGCCCCUAAAUCUAAUUCAUAAACAAUACUUGAGUGACAGCUGGUACUAUGCGUCCUUCAAAAUGAACGCACAGCUAAAGUAGCCUGCCAGCUGUUUUAAGCAACGCAUAGCCAUUGUCAAUGGCAAUAUAUGUCACAAGGUUUAUUUCUUGUUAGAGAAAUAUAAGUAUUUUUCGGACAGACAGACAGUUGUGUUUAGGGAUUCCGAUUUUGUUAUUGUAUCCAUAUUUGUGAAUAUAAAACCAACACAAAUAUUAACAAAAUUGUUCUUGGAUACCGGUAACUGUUUAUGUUUUGACGUUGUUGUAUGACAACUCAAAAUAAUGUUCUUGGAUACCGGUAACUAUUUAUAUUUUGACGUUGUUGUAUGACAACUCAAAAUUGUUCUUGGUUACCGGUAACUGUUUAUGUUUUGACGUUGUUGUAUGACAACUGAUAUGAACGUCAAGCAGCGACGUGAAAUACGCAACAUACGAGAACCAAUCACAGAGCUCUAUUCAACGCUACGGGUUUGCUUAGACAAGGGUCGCUUAAGUAUCGUUUAUGAAUUGAAAGGCUUGCCAGAUGUUACGCAAUGAGAAAUGCCUUACUUCGCAGAGCGUUGCUACUUCACUGAGGAAAGUAUCGUUUGUGAAUACGGGUGAUAGUUUACAUCGCAAAGAGAGUGUAACACCAAUUUUUAUAUUUCAUUAACCGAUUUUGUAUCUUAUUCUAUUGUACUUUAGAUAUCAUUUUUGCAAAAAUUGUAAUUGUGACUCUUCGAAAUUAACUUGUAAAAGUAUGAAUCACACUUAUGUCGGAAAUCACUUACCCUUUUACUUUAUGAAAAGGGAAGCGAGAUUUAUGUAUGAAGCUCAUUAUAGAUGUAUAGAAAUCUUACCUGAUAUUUAUACCUGCUAAUGUACGACAAAGUGAACUGGGGAAAUUCUCCAUUGUCACUUGUCUGCUAAACUAUAAGUAACAAAGGUUACAAACACUACCUAAAAGCGAUCAGCCUAAUACAAGAAGCCAUUUUGGAUCUUAUGUUAAUGGACGUUAAGUUUUAUAUUGUUUGUUAGUAGCAAUAGUAAUUUUACCGAAAGUUAAACCCCCUGUUUCGCGACACCAAGACUCUAGGAACUAUUUACCAGAUAAAAAUAUAUUAGAUUUUAUCUUUAAUGGGAUAGUGGAACAGGAGGCGGUCAAUGUUAAAAUUAGCUGAAUUCUAGCUGAAUUUUAAAAUAGUAAGUCGCGUAUAGCGGACUAUAGCCUCCACAUGUAUUAUUAGCACAAUCAAUUAAUUUGUUUAUUAACGUUUGUAUUAUUUCGUUAUAAUCGUCUUGUCAUUAUUUUAAGUUGUAUAAAUGUAUUGUCUACUUAAGGCAUAGAUAGGUAGUGGUAAUUAUUAGGGCAAUACUUGAUUGUAGAGGAACAGUCGGUAAGUGGGGGGUGGGCGGGUUGGUAGUGGCGCUCAUUGGACUAUACUAUUUGGGAAAAAUCAAAUCAAACUUUCUUACCUUACACUUUUUGUAAAAACGCAUUUUUAGAUACCCGCUUGAAAAACUUUGUACAUACAUUUGCUUACUCUUACAGAAAAUGCAAGACAUCGCGGCUUUUUAUUACUUACUUCUAUCAAAACGAAGAUUUCUUUCGUGUUCCAGUUAGUUGAAUGAGUGCCAGAUACCAACACGCUGUGGUUUUGUAUAAUACAAUUGUGUUUCGCGUUUCAUUUGAAUCUCAGUAUCGGACGUGUAACUACAACUUGGUAUACUUUCAAAUGAAAAAUUAAAUGUUUCAUCACUUA